UCACGAAGAGCUCGUCACAGCGUGACUGUCGUUACUGAAACAUCAGAGUACUCCAUCUUAUACCGGAUCGAAUGACAGAGCCUGGACAAGGGCAUAGAUACGCCUUCUAGCAACUAACAGAAACGAUGGAGACAUCCAAGCCCAAAAGAGUCAGGAGGAGAAAGGCCUGCGAUCUGUGCUAUCAUAAGAAGAUUAAAUGUGAUGCAAAAGAGCCACGAUGUUCCGGUUGCAAGUUAUACAACUCAGAGUGCACUUACACUGGCCCGACGAGGGCGACUGCCGUGAAGUCGAAUCAAGCCAAGAAGAUCGAGAUGCUGGAAGCCAGACUGGCGCAACUGGAGGCCCAAAAACAACCCUCGCCCAAGGCAUCCAACCCAGAAUUCUUGCUGGCAUCUUCGGUGCCCGAUUCAGCUGCAAGUAUCUCUGAAGAGGAGCAACAUAUCUGGGCGACAAAUACUGAUUCAACACUAAACGAAUCACCCGGCUCCUCUACCAACCCAGGCUCAAGCAUCUCGGGUCGCGAAUCCAGCAAAACACUCCCGCCCUUGCGUCAGAUUCUGCCUUCGAUAGAAGACUACUUUCAGAACUCGAAUCAGGUGCUCCCUCUAUUUGAGCGAGAAAGCUUCGUUAAGAUGCUGCGAAGUUGGUACGCGUAUCCGGCGCACCGUAAAUCAGACGUCUGGGCCGCCAUCAACGUUGUCUUAGCCCUGGCACACCGGCACUCCUACGCUUCCAGUUACGAAGAGACGCAGAAUAUGCAGCGAUAUAUCGACAAUGUUCGAUCCGUCUUGAACAAAUUGGUCAUCAAUGAUCCAAGUAUGCUGGUCUUGCAGACUUUACUUGGACUGGUACUCGUAUUCCACGGCUCAGCGGACCAGGGCCCGGCGUCCAUACUAAUUGCAACUGCAAUUAGGCUUUGCCAGAGCCUUAGACUUCAUACAAAGUCUACGGCGCAGGAAUUCGAGCCGGCUGAGACUCUCCAGAGGAGUCGAGUCUUUUGGAUCGCCUUCAUACUCGACCGCGACCUAGCAAUGAGAUUGACGCAGCCGCCUAUGCAUCAAGAGUCAGAGAUCGACAUAGACAUUCCAUCUCUACAUCCUCCGGAUGAUGUAGGUAUGAUCAUGGGUUUCUCUGGCCAAAAGUUCAAUUACUUCCGCAGUACUGUUCAGCUCGCCUACAUCCAGGGAAAGCUGUAUCACAUGUGUUUCUCCGUUCGGGCUCUCAAGCUUCCAGACCAACAAAAGAGUCAGAACAUGCUUCGCAUCCGUGAGAUGCUGGAAAAUUGGCAAAAUUCAAUACCUAUGGAAUUCCAGCCAGAGCUGGCAGCAGCAACCGUGGCCGCUGAGUACCUUCGAUACAUUUGCCUACUUCACUACACCCACCUGCAGCUAAUUGCAACAACACACUACACAGACUCGCACCACCUCGAGUGGCUUCAAGGGUUGCUCAGCUGUAACAAGGGGAGUACUCCGGCAGUGCGGUCCGACCUAGCAGCACGGCUUCCAAAUUGCUGGGACAGGCUGGUUACUGAGGCGCGGACUUGCAUGCAUCUCUAUGCUGCAACACCCGAGAAUGACUCGGCUCUGACUUGGCUAGUGUCGUGCGGCUACCUCACAAGUAUCAUGUUCAUCACCGUCAACAACCUGGCCUGUCCAGAUAACCCGUGUCGACUGACGGAUCAAAGCAACGUCGAAUCGGCCUUGCUCCUACUCGAGCGUCUCAUAAAGGCUACAGACGACGGAAGACUCAAGAGGAUCCACAGUGCUUGCAAAGAUAUCAACGAGAGGGCGCGACUUGCCGUGCUGUCAAGUUCAUCAGACGAAUUCUCACACUUCAAUCCUCCCGGGCUUGAAUUUGGAGACGAAGACCCUCUUGAUGACGGAAGGUGGGGACUAGUCGACAACAAUUUUUGGACGAUGAACGAGUAUGCCUCAAGUUGAUCUGACCACUUGGGAGAAUGGGGGCACAGGCGUCAGUACGGGUCAUAAGAAACAGAAAAUAAGGCAGGCUACAGCUGGGAAUGGCGCAGAAGAACAGUGACGGGAGCAGCCUCGUAUUAUUGUCCAAAAUGCAGUUGCUCCAGAACAAAGUGUAUCUUACAAUCUGUUUGUCCGCAUUACAUACAAGAGCAUCUGCUGUGUUAUGUGACAAUCAAAGAUCC